UGUCCUUAGCAUGUGUCGUGGAGGGAAAGAAUUCAAAUAAAAUGUGGGCCCCUUAUUAUGACUUUCAGACAGUCAUGAUGAUCCAUAUUUAAAAAUAAUUAAAUAAAUCGAAUUUCAUGGACGCAUCUUCGCGGAUCAUUUCCCAUCUGUUGGAUUUUUCUCUUGACGAGCUUUCACUUUAAAAAAAAAUAAAAAUACUGCCGCAUGUAUUCUCUGGUACGAAAUUUGGGUUCACACGUUCACUUGGCCGGCUUAAUGUGUACGUGUGAAGGAUGACACAGACUAUCGACUAAAGGUCCACAUUCAAAGUACUUGUGUGAUCCACAGGAUGAAUUCACAAGCUCAUUUUUGGACCACGGAAUCUGCUCGAUGGGGCAAGCUUGAUGACCGGCUUGGAUUUCUCAACUUGGCACGUGUGGCCGCGAGUGGAGCAAGUGCACUUGGCAUAAAUGCCCUGCGAUGAGGAAUCAUAUAAUACUCGACCCGAGGAUGUACUUUCACACUACAAAUAGGGAAGGUUGGAUGAAUAUUGCAGCGAUCAGAGCCACCUCAAAUGUUCCGUUCUCUCUCAAAUUCUCUACGUGUAGAGAAUGGAGUUUCCAUAUUUGAGUGUUAGGGUAUUUUGGUCAUUUACACUACUCCAUGCAAUCCUUCUCAACUCCGCUUCACGGUCGGAGCUUGCUAGCCCUUCGUUGAGAAAUGAGACCGAUCGACUCGCAUUGCUCGCAUUCAAAGACGGUAUUUCCGAAGAUCCUCUCAGAGUCAUGAGCUCAUGGAACCAUUCUCUCCAUUUCUGUCAAUGGGAGGGAGUCACCUGCAGUCGCCGUCAUCAUCAAAGGGUCACCAUCUUGAACCUCAGGGGCCACAGCUUGGUGGGUCACUUAUCACCUCACAUUGGAAAUCUCUCUUUCCUGAGAAGAAUCGAUCUCUCCACCAACAAAUUCCAAGGCCAAAUCCCUCAAGAAAUAGGCCGUUUGUUCCGUCUUCAGAUUCUCAACCUGACUGAUAAUUCACUCCAAGGAGAAAUUCCAUCCAAUCUGACCCACUGCUCAGAAAUCAUAGCCAUUCACAUCGAGCGGAAUCAGUUGGACGGAAAACUUCCCACUGAGCUUGGCUCUUUGUCAAAGCUCAGUGCUCUUAACGUCUACAUCAACAAUCUCAGUGGAAGCAUCCCACCUUCGUUGGGGAACCUUUCCUCUCUCACCACUCUUGAUCUAACAGAUAACAAUUUUGAAGGGCAAAUUCCAAACCAGCUUGGUCAAUUGGCACGCAUUGUCACUUUUCAAAUAGGUGUAAAUCAGUUAUCAGGUACGAUUCCACCAUCGAUUUAUAAUCUCUCAUCCAUCCAAGUGUUUAGCGUGGCAGCUAAUCGGCUACAUGGAAGCAUUCCCCCUAACCUAGGCCUUGCUUUUCCACACCUGCAAUGGAUUACCACAGGAACAAACCAAUUCACGGGAACAUUGCCAAUUUCAUUGUCCAAUGCUUCCAGUCUUGAAUUUGUUGAUUUUAGCUCCAACAGUUUUAGCGGACCCGUGCCUAUGAAUCUAGGAAGUCUUUCGCGUCUCUUCCUUUUCAAUAUCGAGAAAAAUCAGCUUGGAAACAGAGAAGGUGAUGACAUGAGCUUCCUCACUUCACUGACCAACUGCACCCGUCUAAAAGCUAUAGGUGCAACUACUAAUAAUCUCGAGGGUGAAUUGCCCAGCUCCAUUGCUAAUCUCUCGACACAGCUAAAUAUUCUGUUUUUAGGAGGAAACAAGAUAUUUGGAAUUAUUCCCAAAGGAAUCGAGAAUCUUGUCAGCUUGUAUGCUCUGGAUCUUGGUGGGAAUUCCAUGAAGGGUACUCUUCCGGACGCUCUUGGGAAGCUUAACAAGUUGCAAGCCUUCAAUCUCUCUGUAAACAAAUUUUCAGGACAAAUCCCACCAUCAAUUGGCAAUAUCACUCGAUUGAGCGCUCUAUUCUUGAAUGGAAAUGAUUUCCAUGGAAACAUACCGUCAAGUUUUCGAAAUUGGGGAUUUAUGGAACAAUUGUUCAUUUCUCAAAAUAAAUUCAAUGGUACCUUACUCAAACAAGUUGGCGCAGCUAAAAUCAACAUGUCUCGUAACUCAUUCACUGGUUCUCUCCUGCUGGAAGUUGAUAACUUAGAGAAUAUUAGAGAAAUGGACGUCUCAGAGAAUAAGCUAUCAGGUGAAAUUCCAGAUACGUUGGGAAAGUGUCAAAGCAUGGAGUUGCUUUAUAUGCAUGGCAACUUGUUUCAAGGAACCAUUCCAGAGUCUCUAAGGAAUUUAAAAGGUAUCAUAGAGCUAGAUCUCUCGCGCAAUAACUUGUCUGGGCAGAUUCCGAAAUAUUUGGAAGAAUUUCAUUUCUUACAGUAUUUGAAUUUGUCAUUUAAUAAUUUCGAGGGUGAAGUUCCCAAAGGAGGAAUUUUUAGAAAUGCCAGCGCAAAUUCAGUUGACGGAAAUAGCAAACUCUGUGGAGGUAUACCAGAACUGCAAUUGCCAGGGUGCCUUAAGCAAGCUUCCAAGAAAAGAGGAAAGCCUCUUGCUCCCAGAGUAAAAGUCACAGUCAUUACUGUGGUUUUAUCUUCGUUUCUCAUUUCGUGUAUCAUUGUAGCUCUUUAUUGGAGAAGAAAUUCUCCAAAGAAAGCUUCUUCUCCAUCUUCCACAGAGAAUCAGUGGUUACAAGUUUCUUAUUCAGAUCUCCUUCAAGCAACAACUGGGUUUUCUUCAGCUAAUUUAAUUGGUGUGGGAAGUUUUGGUUCUGUAUAUAAAGGAAUUCUAGAACGCUUUGAAACACUUGUUGCAGUGAAGGUACUCAACCUCCUACAGCAAGGAGCUUUUAAGAGUUUUGCAGCUGAAUGCGAAGCUUUAAGAAACAUCCGACAUCGAAAUCUUGUCAAGAUCUUAACAGUUUGCUCGAGCAUUGAUUUUAAUGGCAAUGAUUUCAAAGCUCUAGUGUUUGAGUACAUGCCUAAUGGUAGUCUGGAGAAGCGGUUGCAUCCAAAGGUAGAUGAACAACCUCAAUUGAGGAAUUUGAAUCUUACCCAAAGGCUAAAUAUAGCCAUUGAUGUGGCUGCAGCAUUAGAUUAUCUUCAUCAUCAUUCCCAGACGCCAGUCGUUCAUCGCGACCUAAAGCCAAGCAAUGUUCUUCUUGAUGAUGAUAUGGUUGCCCAUGUGGGUGACUUUGGUUUAGCAAGGUUCCUCUGUGAAGUAGCAGAAAGUUGCUCUCAAAAUCAAACUAGCACAUUUGGGAUUAAGGGAUCUAUUGGGUACAUUCCUCCAGAGUAUGGGAUGGGCGGUAAGGCGUCCACACAUGGAGAUGUAUAUAGUUAUGGGAUCCUUCUCCUGGAGAUGAUCACUGGGAAGCGGCCAUCAGAUGACAUGUUUAAGGACAAUUCGAGCCUUAGUCACUUUGCAAAGUCAGCUUUUCCCAAACAAGUAAUGGAGAUCAUAGAUGCAAGACUUCUCUUAGAAGAUUCUGAAGCUACUCAAGAUCGCGAAAAUCAUAACAAUGUGAGAAAUAGGAUGCAUGAUUGUUUGGUUUCAUUGAUCCGAGUUGGUAUAUCGUGUUCUGCAGAAUCUCCAAGGGAGCGAAUGAAGAUGAGAAACAUUGCCACAGAAAUGCAUGCUAUUAGAGACUCAUAUCUCAAAGUCGGGAUUCAGUGACAGAGACAAAAUAUGCCUUAUCUUUAGGUGAAGGUUCAUCUAAGAUUAGAUUAGUAGUUACAAUGAAGAAAAU